UGUACACUUAAACAUUACUCUAAAAUUCCAAACAAGGGGGUGAAAAUUACCAAUUGCGUCGAUAUCAAGCAAAACCCCUCUCUCUCUUUCUCUGUCUCUCUCCCUCUCUAGGUUUCUCUGUCAAGCAAAAAUUUGUUGAUCGACCUCUAUAUACAUGGUCUUCAGCUUCCGAUCAGCCCGUAGUUCUGAGUUUCGCAGGAGGAGGACUGCUCAAGGCUGCUCUCAACCCACCAUGGACGCGGGUGAUUGGAGGACCCAAUUGCGACCCGAUUCUCGACAAAGGAUUGUCAAUAAGAUAAUGGACACUUUGAAGAGGCAUCUUCCCUUUACUGGAGAAGAGGGACUGCUUGAACUCAGGAAGAUUGCUGUAAGGUUUGAGGAGAAGAUCUACACUGCUGCCACAAGCCAGAUGCUGACGAUGGAGAACAAACAUCAGAAUUUUGUUGCCAGCUCUCCACCGUUGAAUGCUGCCAGUAAUAUCACAAAGCCUCCACAUACAGGAAAAGUGCACUGCGGCUCUAAAAUUUGACCACCUGUGCUGCAGAAAGUUGAGCUGAUGUUGGGAUGUGAUGGAUUUGUGUUCAUAAGAUAUGAUGGCUUGUUGGACAUUUUCCUAUUUGUUUAUGAUUUUACUGCUGUCUGAACAUGAAUGUUGGAUAAUAUGAACAUACUGUUUGCAUAAUCAUAUAUAUAUAUAUAUAUAUAGUAUUAAAAGUAGAGUUUAUUCUAAA